AUGCCCGGGGGAAAGAGAGGGCUCGUGGCACCGCAGAACACUUUUUUGGAGAACAUUGUCCGGCGCUCGAGCGAGACCAGCUUUCUCCUGGGCAACGCUCAGAUCGUAGAGUGGCCCGUGGUCUACAGCAACGACGGCUUCUGCAAACUCUCCGGAUUCCACCGCGCUGAGGUCAUGCAGAAGAGCAGCACAUGCAGCUUUAUGUACGGAGAGCUCACGGACAAGAAGACCAUCGACAAAGUCCGCCAGACCUUCGACAACUACGAGUCCCAGUGCUUCGAGGUCCUUCUCUACAGGAAGAACCGAAGCCCGGUGUGGUUCUACAUGCAGGUGGCUCCGAUCAGAAACGAGAACGACAAGGUGGUGCUGUUCCUCUGCACCUUCAAGGACAUCACCGUGUUCAAGCAGCCCAUCGAGGAUGACCCCACCACAGGAUUUCAUCGAUCUACAAAAGACCCAUCUCAUCUUGCCUCAUCGUAUCAAAUUUUAGACAAAGCAAAUCUCGUGAGGCAGUGUCAGACCUCUAACCUCACACUGAGGCAGUGUCAGACCUCUAACCUCACACUGAGGCAGUGUCAGACCUCUAACCUCACACUGAGGCAGUGUCAGACCUCUAACCUCACACCGAGGCAGUGUAAAGGUGAUGUGUUUGGAGAUGUGUUCUGGAAGGAGACCACCCUGGCCCAUGCGUGUGCCAACGUGCGUGCGCUGACCUACUGCGACCUGCACGUCAUCAAGAGGGAGGCGCUGCUCAAGGUGCUCGACUUCUACACCGCCUUCGCCAACUCCUUCUCCCGCAACCUCAUCCUCACCUGCAACCUCCGCAAGCGGAUCAUCUUCCGUAAGAUCAGCGAGGUGAAGAAGGAGGAGGAGGAGCGGCAGCGGGCGAAGAACGAGGUGCAGCUGACCAUCCCCCAGGACCACCCCGUCCGCAAGCUCUUCCAGAAGUUCAAGCAGCAGAAGGAGCUGCGCACCCAGGGCCCGUCGGGCUCCCAGGCCGACCUGGAGAAGAACCAGCUCCAGGGGGACCCGCAGCACCAGCACCAGCAGCACCUCCACCCCCACAGCCUCCAGCUGGGCCACUCCAGCCUGCAGCACUCCCUGCCGCUGUCCCGGCCCCCGCUGCAGCAGAACGGGGCCCCCCCCAGCAGCAGCGUGCUCACCGUGUCCCAGGUGACGCCCAUGCAGAGCUACGCCCCCGCCCCGGGCCCCGCCCCCGGCCCCGCCGCCAAGCAGAACAACCGAGACAUCAUGGAGCUGCAGCCCAGCGUGGUGACGGUCGCCGUGGGCGACGGCCCGGCCCAUUCCCGGCCGAAGGCCGCCGUCAGCCCCACGGCGGCGGCGCCGGCUCCGGCCCGGCCCGCCGCCCGCGGCUGGAUGAGGCUGAAGGGCAACGUGGCCUCGCCCCCGGCGCCCGCGGCCGAGCCGCGGAGGGAGGGGCUCAACAACGCCCCCAAGGCGGUCUCCGUGGAGACGCUGUCCCAGGAGGAGACGGCGGGGGGGCGGGGCGGCGGGCGGGGGCAGCGGGAGGAGGGCGACGUGUCGGCCAACAACCCGCUCCGCAAGACGGACUCGUGCGACAGCGGCAUCACCAAGAGCGAGCUGCGCAUCGACCGCGCCGGGGAGGCCCGGACCCCCGCGGCCGUCAGCCCCCUCCUCCCCGGGGGAGGGGGGGGGGGAGGGGGGUCUCCUCACCCCUUCUGCCCCAUCCCGGAGCAGGCCCUGCACGCCGCCCUGCACGAGACGCGCCUGGAGCUCCGCGGGGACAUCCGGACCCUGGGGGGCCGGCUGGGGGCGCUGGAGAGCCAGGUGGCCCAGAUCAUCCGCCUGCUGUCGGACCCCCGGCGGCCCUCCCUGGGGGGUCCUCCGCACCCCGCAUCCUCCCCCCCCUCCUCCACCACCACCGCCGCCGCCGCCACCAUGGCCGCCACGGCCGCCACGCCCAGAGCCAAGAUCAAACGGCAGGACAUCUUCACCGUGUCCAGACCCGUGUCCCCCGACUCGGAGAAGGAGGUGUCCGAGAGUCUCUGA